AUGAAUAAUAAUGAAAAGAAAAAAAAAUUUAUAUUACACGGUAUAAAAGGUAUUUCACAAAAUCAAUGGGGAGAAGAUAGAAAAAAUAUAAUUCUUCGAGGAAUAAUGCCAACUCAUAAUUUGCACAAUAGAAAUAAUCGCCAUCACUCAAAUGAAGAGGGUGAAUUUUUUAAUCUUAAGAGAGACGCAGAGAGAGAUACGAUUGGGAUAGUUACACAAGAUGAAUUUGUAAAAGAGUUAGAAGAGGAUUGUGCAAAUCAGGGAAAAGAAAUAAAUGGGUGGAUGGGACAAACUAGAAACGGAAUGAUAACUCGUAAAGAUUAUAACAAUGAUGAUCAUCUUCCUGCUUAUCCGCAUGAUGGUGCCCAUGCUGGUGCUCAUGCUAGUGCUCAUGCUUAUCCUCAUGGUGAUGAAAAUGUUCCCACAGGAGAACACACACCCGAUAAGACCGAAAUGGAAAAAUAUUCAACAUACUGUGAAGACGGGUAUUUAAGAAGUUUGCUGAAAAAUGCCGUGGUUAACAACCCUAGUUUGAAAGCGUGCAUAGGGACCAAGGUAAUUUCUUUUUUAAAUGAAAAGGAAAGGCACAACUGUUCUAUGACAUGUAAACUACUGUUUUUUGAAAUAUAUUCCUUAAGUAAUUUAAAAAAUAUAUAUAAGAAUAAAUUUAUUCGAAGUGAAAAAAGGAGCAUGAUCUGGAAGAUGAUUCUACUUGCAGAAAAUACCUACAUGAGUGAUAGUUUAUUUUAUGAAUUAAAAAAAAGAAAUAGUACUUACGAAAAAAUAAUUGAAAAGGAUGUACCAAGAACAUUUCCAAAUCGUUUUUUUUUGCAAAAUGGAUGUGAAAAUAGAAAAAUGCAGGAAGAAUUAUUUGAAGUACUAAAAAUAUGCUCGCUCUAUUUUAAAAAUGUAGGCUAUUGUCAAGGUAUGAAUUACGUUGCUGCUAUAUUUUUCUUAGUUUUUAAAAAUAAGUUAGACACAAUCAGAUGUUUUAUAGCAUUGUUAAAAAAUUUUAAUUUAAAAGGAAUAUACAUAUAUAACUUUCCUCAAUUAAAAAAAAUUAUUUAUCAAUUGAAUAUAUUAAUAAAAGCAUAUAUUCCGAAAUUAUUUUCCUAUUUCAAAAAAAAAAAAAUUAAAAUCGAUUUCUUUUGCAUAAAUUGGUUCAUGACAUUAUUUUCACAAGAUUUAACUUUUGAACACACACAGAAAUUGUGGGAUAUUUUUUUUCUAUUUGGCUUAAAAAUUUUAAUUAAAUUAAGUUUGAUUUUUUUACAUCAUUUUCAAAAAAAAAUACUCACCUUGUCAUACGAUCAAGCUUUAACAUUUCUCAAAUCUAUGACAAAAUCUUCCUUUACCAAUUAUCUUUUUGAAGAAAAUAAUUUUUUUACAUAUUUGAAAAAAUUUAAAGUUACUAACAGGAUACUAAGACAAAUUAUUCUACUUAAAAAAAGUCGUAACAAUUUUGAAAUUCUUGUAAAAAAAGACACCCUUCAUGGGAACCACAUCAGAUGUUCCCUUGUUUUGCGUGAAGAAAAUGGUAGAAGGGUGUAUUCUUCACAUCGACCAGAAUCAAUUGACCAGCAGAAUGAUCCACAGAUAAACAAUCUGAUGCGUCGUUUCAUUGGAAUGCUUACCGAUGGUUUCGACAGAAGAAGAAAUGCUAGGAUUCACAAAAUGGAUAUUUACACUCAGAAUGAUGCUCAGAAUGGCACUCAGGCAUCCACUCAACGUGGAAGACGCUCUAUGAACUGUUCUAACUUCUUCUUCAAUCCUAGCUACUCUAAUGCUGUUACUAUGGAAAGUCAAUGCCUCUCUCUCGACAUAAACAGAACCAUGUUAUGUGGGAUAACCGAUCGAAGCAAGUAUAAUCCUGGAGAGUGUAUCAUUAAUGAUGGAAAAACAAACGAGAGAGAUAAUAUUUUACGUGGUACUGAAAGUACAAGGCAAGAUGUUUAUACUGAUCCUAAUGAUGACGCAGAGGAAGACUUGGAUAUGCAUGCAAAUAAGAAUAUUUACUACGCCUUCAAUCUUACAAAAGCAUUCAAAUGA